AUGUUGAGCGGGAAGGGGUGCGUCAAAGCCAGCCAAGCCGUCGAUAAAACGCGGACCAGACCAGACUUGACGUGCGGUGGUGUGGGCGGGAAAGAAAAAUUUACGGCUCCUGAAGGGAAAGCAUAUGGCGUUAGACUGCAUGUGGCGUUUUUGAUCAACACAACGAAUCGCGGCCAGUCGGGAUCAGCGGGCACAACCACAGGUGGUGUCGCCGCCCCCAAUAUUUUCAUGAUGCGGCUCAAGUUUCCGACGGCAAUCGUCUCAGCAGUGUUGUAUUUUUGUUGCAAUUUUUCCUUUUACGGACUCGGUAGAUAUCCAAACUCAAGGUGCGGGCGGUCUCUCUCAAGCUGA